CCAUUGUUCCUAUCUCAUUGAAAUCUGUACAUGGUUUCUCUGCUCACGGCUAUGCUCAGCUCAUAGGCUCUGCAAAACUGAGCAGUUCGCUUCCUUCUUUCGAGAAAAGAGCCCGCUUUUACUGAGCACCUAUGAUUACUCAAAGUUUGAAGUCUCUGGAGCCGUACAGUCCAAUUAAAGAUGAGGUCGGUAUAAAUGACUUCGACGAUGAUCCACUACUAGCCAGUCCAGAGAGUGGUAUUUACCCAACGAGUGCAAGCGAGGGAAUUGGAAAAUCUGCCCAAAAUGGUAACAUCAUACUGGCAGCCGUGGACAUGGGGACCAAUUCAUUUCACAUGGUGGUUGUGCGAGCCGACAAGCAAGGACGCUUCCAAGUAAUGGACUCGGAAAAGGAAACCGUCCGUCUUGGCAGCGGCAGUCCUGACCUAAGUGUAAUUACCUCAGACGCAGAGGAUCGUGCUUUAGCUACAUUGAAGCGUUUCAAAAUUCUUGCGGAAAGCCGGAACGCUAAAAUGCGAGUUGUAGCUACAUCUGCGGUUCGAGAAGCCAAAAAUCGUCGGACAUUUGUGCGUAGAGUCCAUGACGAUGUGGGUUUACAGGUUGAGGUUCUUGCAGGCAUGGAGGAGGCGUGCUUGAUUUACAAUGGAGUACUGGAGGCACUUUCUGUAUAUAACAAGACUGUGUUAGUGGUGGACAUCGGAGGUGGCUCCACCGAAAUUAUACUUGGGAAUGCAGGCAAGCCUAUCUAUGCAACGUCGCUCAAACUCGGCCAUGUUCGGCAAUCGGAGCAAUUUCCAUCACUGGGUGAAGAGAAAGAUGGGCUGAAGAAGGACUUGAUUGAGGAGCUAAUAAGACACAUUCGAGUGAUCUUAGCCGACUCGGGUGUGAUCGACCAAGUGAAGACCACUCCAUUUGAAGUGGCCAUUGGGAGCUCUGGCACUAUUGAAAGUAUUGAACAAAUGAUUCAUCAUGCUGUCACAACGUCAAAUGAUUCACAGGCUACGGAUCCCAAGCUUCUGGAUCGAGAGUUUACAGCAGAUGAACUCAGCCAGGCGGUAAAGAAGAUUUGUAAAGCCAAGACUUCAGAGCAGCGAGCCAAGAUUCCCGGAUUACCUUCAAAAAGGGCUGAUGUCAUUGUUGCGGGGGCUGUGCUUUUGGAAGAAAUUUUUCUGGCAUUUGGAUUAAAGUCGAUGCUGGUGUCACCUUAUGCACUUCGAGAAGGAGUUAUUGUUAACACUUUAGCUGAAACUUUUGCGAGCUAUCAACCAGGUGUCAACGUCCGGUCAAGCUCCAUCCACAAUCUCGCAUUGAAGUUCAAUACAGGGCGACGCAUGGAGUCUGCGCAACAUUCUGCUCUUCUGGCCAAGCAAAUUCUUGCAGGACUUCAAUCGUGUCGCUCUGGGUCUACAGAAUAUGUUCCAGACGUGGCUGGAUUAUUGAAUAAUGACGAUGCUGAGCUGUUGGAGGCUGCUACUAUUCUGCAUUUUGUGGGGAUGUUUAUCAACCAUAGGUCAUACCACAAACAUUCAUACUAUCUUGUAAAGAAUACUGAACAUCUGCUGGGAUUCAGCACCAUAGAGAUUGAGAUACUUGCUCUCCUAGUACGAUAUCAUCGGAAAAAAGCACCUAGUCAGAAGAAGUUCGCUAGACUGCCUGAAAAAUCUCGAAAGAAAGUACAAGCGAUGUGUGCAGUCAUGCGUGUGGCAGUUGCUCUUGACCGCUGUAACUCAAGCGCCAUUCAGUAUGUCCAUAUUUCCCAGCAAACGGAAAGCAUUGUUCUUGCUGUAGUGCCGGCCACCGAUGCAGCGACAGGCAAUCCGUAUGAUGUCUCCCUUGAGAUCUGGGCUGCUCAGCAAGAGCUUCCGUAUUUUGAGACAAUAUUCAAGCGACGAGCAUCAAUCAUAGUUUCUGAUGGUGACGACGUCAAAGCAUUAUGUACAAAAGCUCCCUCUGAACGUUUGAGUUUGAAACACCCUACGCCUGUCUGAAUUCGUAGAGAUAUCAUCACCAUGUACCCCUUAACGACACUAAGAUAGAAAAUAGCUGGGAAGUAUUUCACAACUUAUACUGAGACCAAGUGGUCAUUGGAGUAUUGAAUCGUUGACAUGCGAGUAUAUUUAGUCAAUUGCGAUUUCCUAUAAAGAGGUGACAUUUCAAGGUUAGAAUAGAGUCCCUGUAAUAUUAAUAGAACUCGUUCAACGAACGAGAAAAGAUAUUUUAACAAUGCAUGUCAAAGUGUGUAAGAAUAUGCAAUGGAUGCAUUUGGUGUUAGGUUGUGAAACUCGGAAGUAAUGAAUUUGAAGUUCAUUUCAAUUCA